AUGUCUAUCGAUACAGAUGUUCUGAUUAUUGGAGCAGGCCCAUCUGGCCUAGGCAUGGCCGUCCAGCUCGUACGCAACUUCGGGACAAGAAAUUUUGAAAUCAUUGAGAAGACAUGCGAUGUUGGUGGAACAUGGUUUGUUAACUCGUAUCCAGGAUGCGGGUGUGAUGUUCCAUCGCACUUUUAUUCUUUCUCGUUUGCUCCGAAUCCUUAUUGGUCACGUAAAUUUGCUUUACAGCCAGAGAUUCAUCAAUACUUGGAGUCCGUUGUCAGCCAGUACGAUAUUCGUCCCCAUGUGAGAUUUCACUCUGCCGUUGUAUUGGCCGAGUACGAUCCCGAGACGGCGACCUGGAAAGUUGUUAUUGAAGAUCAGAGAACGAAACGCAAAUUCCAAAAGCGUUGCAGGAUUCUUAUAUCAGCCGUCGGCGCCCUUUCGGUCCCAAAAAAAUGCGAUAUUCCAGGGACCGAAAAUUUUAAGGGUCGCUUGUUCCACUCAGCUCAAUGGGAUCACGAGUUCGAUUAUAAAAACAAGGAAGUGAUCUGUGUUGGUAAUGGGUGUAGCGCCACACAGUUUGUGCCAGUUAUGAGUACUGGUCCAAACAAAGUCAAGAGAAUCACUCAAUUUUCCCGUCAAGCUCACUGGCUAUCUGAGAGACCGAACCCUGAAUACUCUUCCACUUUCCAAUUCUUGAUGCGCUGGGUGCCCGGAGCCCGACGCCUCUACAGAGCGUAUCUCUUUCUCAUGCAAGAGAAAGAUUUUGCUGGCUUCCACAUGCAAAAUGGCCAGAGCCUACGAAAUGACUGGAUAGCCGCUGCUACAGAGUAUAUUCGGAAAAACUGUCCAGCCAAAUAUCGGGACUUUAUAGUCCCAGACGCCGUCAUUGGCUGUAAGCGAAGGGUGAUGGACACGGACUAUCUUACCUGCCUGCACCGAAACAACGUUGAGCUAAUCUAUGAUGAUCCAAUCGACCAUAUCACAGAUAGUGGAAUCCUGACCAAGUCUGGUAGAGCCAUAAAUUGUGAUGCGAUCGUCCUCGCUAACGGUUUUGAGACCCAGAAGCCAUUGUUCCCAAUGGAGAUCCGUGGGCAAAACGGGCAAGAUAUUGCUGAUCACUGGCUUGAGUUUGCGGAUGGCUCCCCGGAAGCUUACUUUGGAACAUGUCUGUCGGGGUUUCCAAACUUUUUCAUCCUGAUGGGACCAAAUACACUUUCUGGACAUUUGUCUGUGCUCUAUACCACUGAAUGCCAGAUAAAUUUCAUCGUUCGGGUCAUCCGUCCGAAAUUGAAUGGGCUCAAUCCCUCAUUGCUGCCUUCGUUGCUGAGAAUCGAAUACCCUGAAUCCGUUGCUGUUACUCCGAUGGCAGAGCGUAAGGACGUUUCUAUGACCGAUCAUAAAGCGAAGCAGUUGGUCUGGGCCACUGGCUGCACUUCAUGGUUCAUUGAUCCCAGCACCGGGAGAAACACCAUCAUGUUCCCGGAUUGGCAAUUCAAGUUCCACCUUCGCAGUAUCUUCAUCCCGUGGGCAGAUUUUGUUUACAAAAGGUCUCCCAAGAGAUCUCCUCAAGAAGUUGCAGUUGUUCCGCAGUAUUCCCUGUCGGUUGCUGCGGGAGGCAUCGUGCUCGUUGGAGCCCUGCUUGGGCUAUCCUCUUUGGGGAGCUUUAACUCGUCGACACUAGCCCCCUUGUAA